GUUCCUGUUGACUGAAUGGCAGGUUGUUCAGCUCGGUAGUUGAGUUGUGUAUUAGUAGUAUCAGCAGCAGUGUGAGGUGUGAAUGAACUGGUUUACCGGGAGGUGACAGAGAUGUCUUGGAGCUCAGCAGGUCGGCGGGGAUGUGUCGGACUCCUCCGCUGCUGGUCCCUCACAGUCGGUGCCAGGACACCCGUGACCCCUCACUGCCCUCUGCAUGCUUCACGGUUCUUCUCCAUCUCUGCCUCUGUGAGGUCUCCAGCACAGGAGGAGGUGAACCAGCCUCUGAAGCGGUGGUCCCUGGCGGUGAGUCCCUUCAGCACGGUGCGGGCACAGCUGGGCUGCAGCAUCUCCAUCCAGCCGCUGGACCCGCACGCCUUCCCUGAGGCUGACCGAGCCUUCAUCACAGUUUACGGGACAGACAUCGAGCAGGAGGUCUGUCUGGAUCACUUACACGUCCACUAUGAUGACCAGAGCAAAGAGCUGCUCAUUUCAGCUGAGAGGAUCAACAGCAGUGUGUCUAUUGAUCUGACUGCACCUAUCAAAAGUAAUGUCUUCAUUACUGCUCAAGGAAAAGGCAACGUGCAAGUGAAGAAAAUGGAGUGUGAUAUCUGCAAAGUGAAAACAGAGAAGGGAAACUGUCUGCUGCACUCUGUCAAGGGUCAUCAGGUGGAGGUCCAGUCACAUGGAGGACACGUUACAGGUGUGGGCACUAUCCAUGGCAAUGUGGACAUCAGCACAAGUGGAGACAGUGAAGUGGAUGUCAAGAAGCUUCAGGGCACCACAAUGAAGGUUUCAACAGAAUGUGGCCCUCUGAAGGUCAAAGCCAUCUACGCAGAGUCCACCUGCAUCUCCUCCAACUCUGGGAGAAUAGAACUGGGGCACGUACACGGUAACGCCACAGUGAAGAACGUGUCUGGAGAUACAGUUAUUGAUGGUUCAAAUAGUUUGCUAAAGGUCUCCUCUCACAGCGGAGCCAUUGAUGUCUAUGUGGGAGACGGUGGCAGUGCCGAACUCCACAGUGAGGAAGGAGCGGUGUGUGUGCGUGUCCCCUCCUCGUUGAAAGCAGGGGUGGAGCUCCGUGGAGCGUCUGUGGAUAUCAGCCCAGAGGUUGUUCUGCAUGGAGUAGAAAACAACACGACUGAAAGCCAAACCACAGUUACCGGCUGUAUAAAUGCAGAGUCCCCAGUGGAGCAGUGGGUUAGAGCUCAGGCAGACAGAAACUCCGUCAGACUGAAGACACAAAGCUGGUUUGAGUCCCUGAAGCUGGGGAGCUGAGCCGUGACCUCAGUUCUGUGGUUUGUGCUGAACUGUCAGUGGUUUGGACGUUAAUGAGAAACUGUUUGCUUGCUCAUAUUUCUGUAUGUUUACUUGUGAUGUGAGAUAUUGCCAGCGACUGAAUGCCCUCUGUAUGGUAUGUAAAUACUAUAAAAUAUAUUGUAUGUCUUAAAACUGU